AUGGCACUUGAUAGAGAAGAAGAGUAUCGUCGCGGCCGUGAGCUAAACCGCCGACAGAGAUAUGACGACGACGACGACGAGAUGGUCGAUGAGGCACGAGCGAGUAUACUUGCUGUAGCUAGACGCGAGGCUGAGAGAGCUAGAGCCAGAGCGUUUGAUAGUCAGCGCAAGGCUUCCCAAGGUAGACGUGGUGGACGUGGUGCCUCUCGCUCCGGCGUAACCUCACGUAAUAUCAACAACAUCAGUGGCCGCGCUAGUCUCGAUCUUCCUGCAAAUAUCAGCUACCGAGACGCCGCAACUAGCAUGACGCAGGGACAUAUCCCUCAGGAUCCCGGGAGGAUAGGACGUGAAGCUAUUAUAAACGCUGCUACCUCACCUUCUCGGUCCGAGUUUAUGAAUACGGAAACGGAAUCUGAGCUCAUUGAAAUGGCGCAUCAUAGGAAGUGUAGCAACUGCAAGCGCCUCUCGCACUCUUUGAAGGAUUGCCUUCUUGCCAUUGACGGUUUUAUCCCUGGUUGCGUCUUUUGCAACUCGCAGGACCAUGCCGUUGACACAUGUCAACCUUUCCGGGCCAUGUCGCUGGAGGAGAAGGUUCGACUUCUUGUUCAUGAGCGGUCUAAACGACCGGCUUUGAAAACUUCGCUGGCUUGGUGGAAGUAUUUGCGCGAUUAUGCAGAGGCAGGAGGCACUGAAAUGCCCACGGAGUUCCCCUGGUCCUCCGAUUUUGCGAUGGAAAAAGCCAUAGAAGACGAUGGUAUGUUCAUCUUGGGUCGUCAAGUUCGAUGGGAUGAGACGCGAAACAUGAAUUAUCUGCCUACAGAUCCUAAGCAUGCUUCUGUGAAAGAUGUGGUUCAUUUGUACAUUGGCACUUACUUCUGGCCAACCGAGCUCUCAGACAAUUGA